UGAGUACUAAUUUAAUUUGAUGGAGUAGUUUAGUGCGUCAAGUUAUUUUCAAUCAAGUUGUUGAAGUCUUUCAAAGCCUGAAUUCAAUUUCUGUGAAUCGUAGACUUCAUUAACUUGAAAGUGAAUGGCAAAAGAUGAGGGAAUUGCCAUAGGAAUCGACCUUGGCACAACCUACUCGUGUGUUGCAGUGUGGCAGCAGCAACAUAAUAGAGUAGAAAUAAUGAACAACGAACAAGGUAACAGAACCACACCUUCUGUUGUCGCUUUCACAGACAAUCAGAGGUUGAUUGGUGAUGCUGCUAAGAAUCAGGUUGUCAACAACCCAAAUAACACUAUUUUUGAUGCUAAGAGGUUGAUUGGUAGGAAAUAUAGUGAUGACAUUGUUCAAAAAGAUAAAAUGUUGUGGCCAUUCAAGGUAGUUGCUGGUACUGAUGAUAAACCUAUGAUCGUAGUUAAUUACAAGGGUGAGGAGAAACAGCUUUGUGCCGAGGAAGUAUCAUCCAUGGUCCUUGUGAAGAUGCGGGAGAUUGCAGAAGCGUAUUUGGAAAAACCUGUGAAGAAUGCAGUUGUUACUGUGCCUGCUUAUUUCAAUGACUCUCAGCGUAAAGCAACUAUUGAUGCUGGAACCAUCGCUGGCCUCAAUGUUAUGCGGAUAAUCAAUGAACCUACCGCUGCAGCUGUUGCAUUUGGCAUGGACAAGAUAACUUAUUGUGUUGCAGAGCGAAACGUUUUCAUCUUUGACCUCGGUGGUGGUACUUUGGAUGUGUCUCUCCUCACAAUUAAGGGUAAGGUGUUCCAAGUUAAGGCCACUGCUGGAAACACUCAUCUUGGGGGAGAGGACUUUGACAACAGAAUGGUGAAUUACUUUGUAGAGGAGAUCAAAAGGAAGAACAAAGUGGACAUUAGUAGAAACCUAAGAGCCCUAAGGAGAUUGAGAACUGCGUGUGAAAGGGCGAAAAGGACACUCUCGUAUGGAGUGACUACCACCAUUGAGGUAGAUGCUUUGGUUCAGGGCAUUGACUUCUCUUCUUCAAUCACUCGAGCAAGAUUUGACACACUGAAUACGGAGCUCUUUGAAGAGUGUAUGAAGAUAGUAGAAAAGUGUCUUAGUGAUGCUAAUAUGGACAAGAGCAGUGUAGAUAAUGUUGUUCUUGUUGGUGGCUCUUCUAGGAUUCCCAAAGUUCAGCAGCUAUUGCAGAACUUUUUCAAUGGGAAGGAUUUGUGCAAGAGCAUCAACCCUGAUGAAGCUGUUGCUUGUGGUGCAGCUGUACAUGCUGCUUUGUUGAGUGAAGGCAUUAAGAAUGUUCCAGAUUUUGUGCUAUUGGAUGUUACACCACUGUCCCUUGGUAUAUCCGCAAAUGUAGAUAAAAUCAUGAGUGUGGUGAUUCCUAGGAACACUAGCAUUCCUGUAAAGAAGACACGGGUAUACUGCACACCAGUAAAUCAUGCAUCAUAUGUCACGAUUAGAGUUUAUGAGGGUGAGAGAACAAGAGUCAGUGAUAACAAUUUUCUUGGUUCCUUUAAUCUUUGUGGCCUUCCAGCUCCUCGUUACCAUCCUUUUGAUGUGUGCUUUGCUAUAGAUGCAAAUGGUAUCUUAUCUGUUUCUGCUGAGGAAAGAACCACUGGCAAUAAGAACCAGAUUACCAUAACCAAUGAUCAAGGAAGACUAUCAGCAAAAGAAAUCAAGAGAAUUAUCCAUGAAGCAGAGAAAUACGAGGCUGAAGAUAAGAAGGCCAACAUAAUGAACGCUUUGGAAGAUUAUGUUUACUUGAUCAAUAAUGCUUUGAAGGGCCAUAUCAGUUCUGCAAUUACUAGGGCCACAAAUUUGCUUGAGGGUAAUAACCAAGAGGAUGAUAUAGUUGUGUUAGAGGAUUGUAUGAAAGAGCUUAAGAGCAUCUUUGAAAAGGUCAAGCCCAUUGACAAGAUUGGUUAGUUGUUUAGGAGGUUGGCGUUUUAUGUCACAUCUUUAAUUCACUGCUUUGUAGUUCUGUUCUAAUGCCAAUUUAAAGAAGGAAUUGACAUACAUA